GGAAGGCAGGUCGCUGGAGCAGGCUGGGAAUCAGUUAUUGGCCAGUUUAGCUGGACAUCAGGGGCUGGCACAUCAGGCUGCGCAGCAGACAGAGGCACAUCGGGCUGGGCAGCGGGCAGAAGCACGUCAGGCUGGGCAGCGGGCAGAGGCACGUCAGGCUGGGCAGCGGGCAGAGGCACGGCAGGCUGGGCAGCGGGCAGAGGCACGUCAGGCUGGGCAGCGGGCAGAGGCACGACAGCGGGCACCGACUCAUUUGGCACAACAGCAGACACCGAGUCAUCGGGCACAACAGCGGGCACCGAGUCAUCGGGCAAGUCAGCAGGCACCGAGUCAUCGGGCAAAACCGCAGGCACCGGGUCACCAAGCUCGACAGCGGGCACCGAGUCAUCUGGCACGACAGCGGGCACCGAGUCAUCUGGCACGACAGCGGGCACCGAGUCAUCUGGCACGACAGCGGGCACCAAGUCAUCUGGCACGACAGCGGGCACCGAGUCAUCUGGCACGACAGCGGGCACCGAGUCAUCUGGCACGACAGCGGGCAACGAGUCAUCUGGCAGAACAGCGGGCACCGAGUCACCAAGCUUGACAGCGGGCACCGAGUCAUCUGGCUGGAUCGGGUCA